CGAUCUCUCAGUCGAGCUAGGCUGCUCGUUCAGGAAGGGUUGGCGCGUUCCUUGCGUCUCAAUCGGAUUCGCUCGCAGUUUCAUUCAGGAAUUGUUUAUAAUCGAAAUUGUACGUCAAACGACGAAACACAUUUACGGGGACAACAGCAGAGAAUUGUUUUUUAUACAAUGCUAAUUUUACAUUUUAAUGUAACGUGAAAAAUUCCUUUUCGAGUCAAUGUUAGGAGAAGUGACGAUUUCUGACACAUGGACAUUUUAAUGUGAAUUCUAAUGCGGAUCGUUCUAGGAAACUUUUCAUUGUAAAAAGUGGCAGUUUUAAUGUAUAGUGACUGGAAAAUGAUGAUGUGCUUUGGAACCUGUAGGAGACGAAUUUGAAAAUGAGAAGUUUCAUUUUUGGGAGGAUUCUUGGCGAACCAACACUGUUUUUGGACUGUUUGUUGUAUUGUGCAGUGUUUCGACGUUGGAUUUGUGAACAUUGACAUGAUUCUUGUUUAUUCUUCGGUGUUGAUUUUGUAUCGUAGUUGAUCGAUUUGGACGUUUUCUUUGUGGAAGAGUAGAUAUUUGGAGCAGGUGUUGUUUGUUUACUAUUUAUGACAUAUGCAAGCGAUUGAGACGACUGGGACUCGUGUCAAAAUGACUGUUGCUUACAAUGACGCAUUUUUCAACAACUAUAAUUUCUUCAACGUAUACUUUUUGACAGUAAUACAAUUAUGUAAGUACGCACAUUUCCUCCGAGAUAUAUAUCAAAGGAAAAUAUUAUACAAUGUUUUCACGUACUUAUUUUACAUUGCAUUAUCAUAACAAGAUCAAGGAAAGUAUCCCGUUCGAUGCAGUAUUCCAAUGUUACGUCGACCUUCGCCGUGACAUGCCGCUCAAUUCGAUUUUGUUCUAUGUAAACUGAAAUUCUUGAAAUAUAUUAUUCUGAGAUUUUAUGAAAACGAAUCGAUUUGAUCGAUAAUAUUCGUAUAAGAAACAAAUAAUUUUAUUUUACGAUAAAAAAUUGUUGCAACAAAGAGAAAAUGGAGCGAAGGAAGAGGGGGGGAAAGAAAAGGAGCAAACGAUACGAAUAUAAAUAUUAUUGUAAAAAUAAUGAUGCCAACAACAAUAUGAAAUAUUAUUGUUUGUAUUUUACGUUCUUUACGCUUGUGCGAAUUUUGUAAACACAUGGAUACACAUUGUGUUCAGUGAUCGGUAACUAGAAAUAGUCGAUUAAUCUUCAACGUAGAUAAAAGGAGUGCGAUCGAUGUUAAUGACAUUCCAUAUCCAACGAAAAAGGAAGAAAGAUAAUAUCUAUCGUAUAGGUUGCCAAACCUUUGUAUGAUUUAGAUACCGAGGCACUUUCGGUAUUUGCACAGCAGUACACCGACAAGCUUCUCAAUAAAAACGUGUAAAUAUAAAAAUUCAACGCAUUGAUCCGUGCCUUUCACAACGUGACUAUCGUUCGAGGAUAUGACUCAUGGAAGAUACAAUAAAUAUGCGUGUUACAUUUUCCCUUGUAAAUAUAUGUAUGUGUAUGGCUGCGACACAUCGAUCCUGUAUCAGUUCAUUGAAACUUAACGGGUCAAGGAAAUACUAUUUAUUUUGUUCAAAAAAUUGAAAAAAGAAACAAGUAUUAUACGUGAAAACUAAAAACGAUGGGCAGUUAAAAUUUGUCGUAAAAUAUAGAGGAAAAUUACCCGAAUAUGUAACUAUGCAAAUCUUAAAUCUUUCAUGUCAUUAAAUACUUGGAAAUGAUGAUCAAUUUUAAAAGAAGCUAUUACAUUUUUACGAAAAAUGCGCUGCCUAGCACGAAUUUGCCCUACAGCAUUGAGUUCUACAGAGAUUUCUGAAAUUAAUGAGUACAUUCAACGCUGGGGCUGCAUUCAUUUACCUGCAAAAUAUAUCUAUAGCGCACACGGCGACAACCCGCGAUGCGCUCGCCUCGAGUCUGAAAAGUUGCGGCGGAAGAUUCGGGUGUGUAUACGCAGCCGAAUUUACUCGACAACGAUAAUCGUGCCUUUGAUCGCGCGGCAUUCUUCGAAGGAGAAAACGUUGUACCGAAGUUUACCAAAGGACAUGACUCAAGUACCAUUAUUAACGUCCGAGGAAACCUCUCUGCACACCGCAGAAUCCGCUGCCUGCAACAUGGUGGUGCUCGAGGCCGGUCUACCUGGUGACACAUGGAGGUACUGCGUAGAAAGAGAACGACUCGCCGAGAAGUCGGAGUGGUUCCGCGCGAUGCUCGUCGGCCCGUUUGCACCUGCACCGAGCGAUCCUCCGCCAUUACUUCAGCUGCAGCACGUCGAGAAGCGUGCCUUCGAUUAUUUGUUCAGAUAUCUACUGGGUGAACCGAUAAACUUCCAAUCUGUGACCACUGCUCGAGCCACCCUCGACGCAGCCCACCAAUACCUGUGCCCGGAAUUGGCUCAUUCCGCCGUCGAGUAUCUCAAGAGGAACCUAAACUCAAACACCGUGCUCGAGAUCUAUCAAGGGCUCAGCCUCUACGCGAGUCACGCCCCUCUUAGAUCGCCAAAUUCGCCGACCGCACCGCCAGCACCCGGGGACGACGCUGGUGAAAUAGUUGGAAUUUCAGCUGAAGUUUGCUCGCGGCUUCUACUCGGGUGCCUGGAGGUGAUCGACUCGAAUCCGGAUGCUGUCUUCAGCCAGGAGUAUUUCGAAGAGCUGAGCGCGAUGGAAGUCGAGGAAUUAGCCUGUCGCGACACUCUGAAGCUAAUAAACGAAUCCGUGUUGUUCAACGCGUUGGACAGGUGGGCCGUUUCCGAAUGCAAAAGACACGGUGUCGAACCGUCAGCCAACAAUAAAAGAUCCACGCUAUCCGAAAAUGUUUGGUAUAGCGUCCGAUAUCCUCUCAUGUCCGACAAAGAGUUCAUCGAGGUCCCUAUGGCGAGCGGCAUACUCACCAGCGAGGAGUCCGCCAUUAUUCUCGCGAAAAUCCUCGGCCAUACGCAAAAUCAGGACGGAGAAGAGAAGAUCUAUCGGCGGACCACUGUCCAGGUUGUCGAGCACACCGAGGAUCACCGAUGGCGCUUACAAAGACAAAAGCUGCGCAAUGUCGAAAUCGGAGAAGAAAGAGCGGCAGGACAAUCGGAAGAACUGGAGGAAGGAGUGCGCGACGCAAGGUCAAAGGACCUGCGCUACGAUCGGCAAUUGCAUCGUGCGGGUUCUCGCCUGCAUCUUCGACUGAAUAACGUUUAGAAAGCCAAAACGAUAGAGAACUGGAAGAAAUUAACCGGCUCUUCCACCGAAAGUCUUUUUUUAGACGCCUUUCUUAUAGAAAAAAGAAAACACUCUUUUCUACCGGAUUCAAACCAGAGCUGUGACUCAUGAAAUACCCGGGUACCCGGAUUACCCGAGUAUCUCACGAAACCUUACAACUAACUAAAUACUAGAACUAUUACCACCCGAUCUGUUGAAUUUUAUUUUCAAAUGAUUAAUUAUUUUACUUUCAUUAUUAGCCUCUUAAUUGGGUAUGUCAAGUUAACAUAUCAUCAAAGUUUAAUUCCAUUUCCCAAUAGCUCUUCGUUUGCGUGUUGAUUCGAUAAAUAAUCGUACCCAAACCGCAAUAUUCGGUCCAAUACGAACCACGGAAUAUCGAAGCGUAGCCGGUGUUCACUAUAUUAACCCCUUCAGACCCGGCGCACAUUGUAAUGUACAAAAUUUUAUUAAUUCAAUAUCUAACAAAAUAUUAAAACUGUGACAGGCAACCAUGUAUAGACCUUUACUUUGGGCCUAUUUUUAUCAGAAAAAUAGUAUACUACCACUAUUUUAUUCGAAAUAAUGUCGUUACUGGUGGCGCCAUUGUUGUUAGAUAUUUGAACAUAAUUUUGUACAAAAAUCAAGUCUGAAAGGUUUAAUUGAUUUCAUCUGGAAUCAUUUGGAAAAUACCUAGUUAAAAGGUUAAUAUAAUGAAUUACCGAUUAUGUAUUAAGGCAUAAGUAGGAUACUUAAGUAAAAUCUACUCGGGUAAUUUUUGCGUGCUUGGGUAAAUACCCGUUUGAGUAACCGAGUACCCAGCAGGUCGAUUAGUAGUAGUAGCUCUAGUAUCCAGUUAUAAGGCUUUACGAGAUAUUUUAGUACCUCAGUGUCUCAUAUACCCGGGUAUAAGUACUAGCCCUAAUUCAAACGAGCUUUUUUGUCCAGUUGAUUUUCUCCGGGAGCUGCACAGACGGCGACAUAAUUUAUUUACAAGUAAUUGCGGGAGCUUUUCAACGAACCGACCGAAAUAUUUUCAUACGAGAAGCGUUCGAAUCCGUUUCGCGCGUUACCAUUCAACGACAAAAGAGCCUGCGAGAGACUGAUACGUUUAAUCGUGCGUUCUACGCGUUCGUUUUCUGAAAUAUCGAGAACUUGCAGACACUUGAUUGUUAUCGAUUAAACCGCGCGCGUGGAGUCUUGAAUCAUCGUUUUGAUAUCGGUUUUUCUAUGAGGCGUAUUUUAUCGUUUACAAAUUUUAUUACCGAGGUAUUUAUUUAUUUUACGAACGUUGUCAUUGGAGAAAUGUCGCGAGUAUUUCUAUUGUAAGUAAUCGUUUCAGUGUCCAGGUUAUCAAGCCUGCCAAUCGUUUUAUAAUUAUUGCAGUUUCAACAUUUUCUUUAUUCACAUUCGAUGCCAAAGAAAGAAUUCAUUUAGGUCUGCAUUUAUAAUACAAAGCAGUAUUUUCACGUGAAAAUUCUAAAGUGGAUCAAUUUACAAACAAUCGUGAUGGAGAGGGGGAUGUAUUCGAUUUUAUACAAAUGGAAUGAUUCUUAUUUCGAAGAUCGUUUUGAAAUGCUGAACGACGAAAAUGUAGUAUGUAAACGUGUAAUUAAUCUUUCUUCACAAAGGCUUUUCUUUUCUCGUGAAUUGUGAGUUUGACACACGUGAAUAUGAAUAUGAAUUCUCAUGAAUUCUCCAAGAAACGUUUAACACUAGUGCUACGCAGUAUUUAAUAUGGUUGAUAUGUACUUCUUAUAGAAAUUACAAAAGUACAUUUUUUUAAACUUUCGCUGACAUUUGUUACAUUACGCAAGUGAAACUAUUAAUUUUCUAAAUAAUUUCUUGACACUUAACAUUUUUCAUGAUAUCAGCAUAAUUGCAGAAUAAUUGUAAAAUGUGUAAAUUACGAUCAGUCAUUUUGAAUGAUACGGUAGUUCUAAUACUGAAGUGUGUUCUUAAUCUUGUGUUAUUAGUUAAGCUCUAAAAAUUCCUAUAAAGCCGGCAACGCCAUUAAUUAAGUGAAUAAGAUACGGCACUUUUGGAAUUUUUAGUUUCUCGUUGCCACUAUUUAGCAUGUAUACUGUUAUACGUUAUUGCGGUAUUUCCUACGUUCGUUAUGUUCAUAGUUGCUGUUCAGAGCAUUUAGCAUUUAAAUUAUCAGUUAUCGCGUGGAUUCAUGGCUGGCCCGUGUAAAUGUCUAACGUUCAACAACGAAGAUCUGGUUUUCACAGAAUGUUCGCAAAAAUGUUCUGCAUCGAAACAUUAUUUGAAUCCGUGUGGGAUCUUUCUGUUUCGGAUGUUAAUAAAUUCAUUUCUUUUUAAAUAUUACUUUCUUCGCACGUCGAAAUAUCAUUAACAAAUAUUUCGUAUCUAGUUAUAAGAUUUUUAAUCCAUAACUAUAAUUACUAUUUACCAUUAUUACCAUUGUUAUUAAAAUUAUCAGUAUCAGUAUAAUAACAUGCUUUCAUGAAAUUUUUAUGAAAUAAACAUAAUAAAUUUUCGAAAUAUGAAAACUCAUAUAGAAAUAGGAAGAUCCCUUCAACUACGAUGGACAACGAUGUAAAUUAAUUCUCAACUUUGAUUUAUCAGGCCAAAACCGAGCUAAAACUGGGUUUAAAUUUUAAUUUUUUGUUUUAUUUUUAAACAGAUUAGAUCACGAUUUGAUAAGGACAAUGUUAAAUGCAAACGAAUUUUAGUUCGAACCGGGAACAAAAAUUUUCCCAUGGUAAUCGUGGAUAAAAAAUGUACACACAAUAUGUUCAAAUUGUCACUCGAACAAAAUGUGGAUGAGGUAUGUUGACUAUUGUGGUAACUUAUUAUAAUUUUUAUCAUCUCUAAAAUAAACAAUUGUUAGCUUCUAAUUGCUUAGCUCAUAAGGAUUGUUACAAAGAAUUUCUUGUUUUUAAUGAUUCUUAUAACAUGUCAAAUUUAUCUUCUUGCUUGUUUGUACUAAUAUUAAUUUUCUCUAAUCUUUGUAAAUAAUCUUUAACACGAACUUCGAACAAUCUAUAUUUACCGCAAUUUUUCGGUUAAAUGGCCGAUACAUUAUUUCCAUACCUGAAAACAAUUUUUGGUUCCUGACCAGGACCAACAUUCGUUAACUUUCAACAUUGUCCUUUCCAUAAUUGACUUUCUCGCCUAAGUGUGAAAACAGCCGAAGACGUGACGCUUCAUGUUUUAAAUGAAAUCGAUUUUUAAACGGAACAUGUAAAUUUAAGUCCGAUGUAUAAUAGCGUUUUUCAUCAUCGAGCUAUACUAGCGAAUUGUUUGCGUGGCGACGUAAAGGACGCGAGACCGAAAAGCCUUGCAAAUGUUAAUUACUCGGGCAGGGGUGAUCGUAAUGUUUACACACACACGUGUGUUCUGUAGUUACUAUUACAUUUUAGUUAUUAAUCUCAUGUUGCUGUUUGAUCGGUUAAAUUUUAUUCGCGACGACGUUGCUCUCAGAUUACGUUUUAAGAUUGAACAAUAUUUCUCUAGUAAAUGGUCAUUGAGUCUAUUGUGUGUUAACGAUUAUUUGUAAAAUCGCGUGAUCGUUGCGACAUAACUACAGUGCAGCUCUCACCUUCCCAACCACGAUCUGAAAGUUAAAACGUAUGGGGUUGUUCGGAAAGUAAUUUCGUUUUUUUUCUCACGAAAUGAAAAACACAUUUUUAAUAGUAUAUAAAUAUUUUAUUUAAUUAUAUGUUGACCAUUUUGGUCUAAUACAUUUUCCCAUCUUUCUGGUAGUAGUAUGAUUCCACACUCGUAGAACUUCUGAUUUUUGCUUGAAAAAAACUGAUCCAAGUAAUUUUUGACAUCCCCGUUUCAUCAAAGUCCUCCUCGUCAAACUUGUAUGAGGUCUAAUGUUAUCGUGAUGAAACACUACGCCUUUUCUGUUAAUCAAUUCAGGUCUCUUCUGUUUAAUGGAAUCACUCAAUUUAUCCAAUUGGUUGCAGUACACUUCCGAAUUAAUUGUGGAAUUGUCUGGUGGAAGCUUAAAAAAAAAACAAUUCCCUUAAAAUCCCACCAAACAGAGGACAUCAGUUUUUUCCAGUAAAUGUUGGCUUUCGAUGUGCUUUGAGCUAGGAACAUUGCGUAAACAAUCUAUUUUUCAUCGCCAGGUAUAAUUCGCCUUAACCCUUUCGAUACGGCUAUGUCUUCUGCGCAUAUGGUUCUACUGAACGGCCAGUUAAAACGUGAAUGUACAUUUUAUCGAGGAAUGUAAUGCAUUAUAAAUAUUUCGAUUUGAAAAAUUGUUUAAAAAUUUAAUUCCCUGUGAUAAAUUUGGAAACGAGGAUACACGCAUAAACCUACAUCACAUGAUUCAAAACAAUAAUGGGUUAUUUACAAAACUAUCAGUCGGUGACUAUAGUCACUGGUAGUACACAGUGAGCGUACAAUGAUGGGUGAUUAUAGUAACCAGUAGUAUCGAAAGGGUUAAGAAUAGAUCAUUUUUCUCGUGUUUGAGCAGCAAAUCACAUAUACCAAUGCGACUCUAUUUCAAGUCCCUCAACAAAUCUCUUUCUUUGAAAACGCGUGGAACCCAAAUAUCGAGCUUCGAAACGAAACCAGGUCGUUCCAUGUGAUCAUGAACAGUCGAAUUCGACAAAUUCAAUCUCACAUCUUUAAUGAUCGCAUUCAUUGCAUUCCGUUUCGCUUGCUUUCUUUGUUGCGCGACUCAGGUAAUAACAAAGACAUGCCGAAACUGAAGAGUCACGGUUACCAUAGCUAAGUACCGAGCUAAGCGCCGCUAGACUGAGGAAUUCGGCUGUUUGAUCAGUUUUCAGUUUCUCUCGUCCAAUUCUCUGCUGGACUGUUAAUAAUUAAAACUAUAAAAUUGUUAAUUAUAUAGAAAGACACUUUUUGUCUCUGUGCUGUUCUGCUAGACAUCAAGUCAUCUCCCAAUUAUACGUCUCCCCUUGCCCUUGUGCACGUUUAGCUUUUUGAUCGUGGUCGGGAACGCGAGAGCUGUACUGUAAAUACAUAAUUAUGUAAUAAAAUCGUACGGUUAGACGAGGAACAGAAUCAUUCAUUUCGAACAACUUUUUUGUAUUGAUUGUGUGUGUUCAACGAUUGUAAAUCUGUUAAUCCAUUACACGAAUCUGAUAUUACAUCGGACGGAUCGGAGAUUUAUUGAAAAUUGGAACGAACUUCAUAGUUGUAUUGAUACAUGAUAACGCAAAUAAAUUUUGCACCGGCACAAUCCGCAACUGAUAUUAUCUUUUUGUUAAAUUAACAGUAAUAUUAAUUGUUUAGGAAUGAAAUGGGUAUUAAGAUCUCGGAUGUUCCGUUCUGCGUAAACUGUACUAAAGAAUAAAGAAAAAUUCCAUUACGAAUUAAAUAUUGACUCACCGAUGAUAUCUUCUUCACUUCAAGGUAGUAUAGAAUUGAAUUUUACUAUUUUUAGCCCUACAAACGUGAAGAGGACAUGGUCUACAU